GCUUAUUCCAUAGUAACUCCCCUAAAUUUCUGCAUAGAGAAACCUGUCCAAAUUUGUGAUGCAGCUUGAAUUCGACAGGAAUUGGGGUUAAUGGCCUUCAAGUCCGGUGAAGAUGCAGAAACCCUUGGACUAACUGGCCAUGAACUCUACACAAUCCACCUUCCUAGUAAUAUCAAUGAGAUAAAACCAGGCCAGGACAUAACUGUGACUACUGACACUGCUAAAUCUUUUGUCUGCACUUUGCGGUUAGACACAGAGAUUUGGGUUCUUUGCUUCAUCAAAAAGCAAGUAAAUUCGGUGAGUGACAAUGUGUAA